AUGUUUCGUUUGACAAUUGUAUGUUUCGCUCUCUUCUUGGCAACUGCAUCGGCAACAAAUGUAAAAGAGUGUAAAAAUGGUGAGCCAUUCCCACUUAGCGUUGAUGUUGAGGGCUGCGAAGAGAUACCAUGCACUGUUCUUAAGGGUUCCACGGUGGUGAUGCAGGUGCACUUUGUUGGCAACCGGGACAACACCAAGCAAAUUUCCGCUGAUGUGUACGCCACCGCCUUAGGUAUCACUGUACCCUAUCCACUGCCCACUGAAUUGGCCGAUGUGUGCAGCAAUUUGUUGUAUGGUGCCAAUUGUCCCAUCGAUAAAACCGAGGAUGUUGUAUAUAACUUCAAUUUUGAAGUGGAUACUUCUUAUCCGGAAAUCAGCGUAAAGGUAAAAUUGAAUCUGGUCGAUGAAAACAGCGACUCCGUUGCUUGCUUCAUAACUGACAUAAAGGUUCGAAAGUCUUCGGGGACAAGGCAGCUGGAAACCGCUUGAAUAUACAUAAAUGUACAAACGAUAUUUAAUUUCUAAAAGUAAAGAGAAAGAUGUAGAAAAGUUAAAGAAUAUACCAUAGUAUGUACGUAUGUAUGUAGUAUGUAAGGGCGUAGCCAGGAUCUGUUGUAAGGGGGAGCGGGGGGCUAAACAAAAUAUACUUGUUAAUUUUUUAUUUAAUCAAUUUUACGCUAAUAACAAGCAUCUCGGAUUUUUAACCAAUUUUUCGAUUGUCUCGUUCUGAAUCAUCUCGCGGUUUUCGGUGACGAGUUUUCUAUGCGAAAUGUACUAAACGAUCGCUCCACAGUCACUGUUGUGCAUGAAAAAGCACUCAAAAUGGAAAUACACUUAUUUAUCGCUGGUAGAAAUUCGUUUUUUUUUUUCUUCAAAUAGAUCUACAACUUCAACAUCCCGAUUAUCUUCUUCGGACAAGUUCUUUUUCUCUUUUUUCCAUAAAUUGUACCAAAGAAUGAGUUCAUUGCCCAUAUCUAGAUCAUAGAUCUGUUGAAAAUGCUUCGCGUUCUCUUGUACAUUUUCACUGGAAGAUUUAGGCUCUACCCAGAAAUACAGCGGACGACGGUAAAUCGAUCUGCGGUAAGUGAACAGCUGAACAGUUGCCGCAGUGAAAUCUGUCAGAGUAAACACAAUUGCGGCGCACGACGGCUUCCGUCAGUUGCCAUUUUGAUUUGAAAAUUAUCAUUAAAAUUAAAUAUUUUUUCGGUACGUGCGUGUAUGUACAUAGAUUUUCUGGAAAUAUGGAUGAACACAUUGGCAAACUUGUAAAAAUAAUAAA